UUUUUGGGUCAAAAUCAAACGCCUAUAUAAAUAUGAAAAACCUCAAAACAACAUUAAAAAAAUCAAACUACUUUCUCCGUCUAGUUAAUCUUUCGCAAAUGGCGGUCAGAUCAACUUCCGCUCUCCUCCUCUUCUGUAUGCUAUAUUGCGUGUUCAUGUUGCUUGUAACAAAAGCAGAGGGUGGUAGCAAAUUGCCAGUCUGCGGAAAUAAAGAAGGAUGCGGAGGCAUAUGGUGUAAAGAUGAAAAAAGACCAGGUAAAGGAAAAUGUAUCACUUGGACUUGUGACUUACAGGAAGAUUGUGAAAAGAUUGUCAUUUGCGGGGGUGGAUUACCAGGGCCUUUUUGUAUGGAAGGAUUAUGCACUUGUUAAAGAAAAACUCAUGUUUUUUUAAUAUGAAAGUAUCAAUGGAAUAAUAAGCUAAUAUUUGCGAA